CUUCGACCAGAGACUCCCAUUAGCUCGUUUCAUCAUCACUGUGAAACAUCUGGGCAGCCUGUAGUGGCGCAACAUCACCCCGAACAACAAUCAUGAUGGCAUCUGACAGGGUGAGAAAGCGGCAGAAGGGCAGUGCCAAUGGUGCCCAGGCAGGGGAGAAGGAGCCAUCAAAGGAGCCGGCACAGUGGGGAAGAGCAUGGGAGGUGGAUUGGUUCUCUCUGACGGGUGUGAUCUUGCUGCUGUGCUUUGCCCCCUUCAUCGUCUUUUUCUUCAUCAUGGCAUGUGAUCAGUACCAGUGCUCCAUCAGCCACCCUCUGCUGGACCUCUACAACGGUGACGCCACCCUGUUCACCAUCUGGAACCGAGCUCCUUCCUUCACAUGGGCUGCUGCCAAAAUCUACGCCAUCUGGGUCACAUUUCAGGUGGUGCUGUACAUGUGUGUUCCAGAUUUUCUGCAUAAGAUCCUUCCAGGCUACGUAGGAGGAGUUCAGGAUGGUGCCCGUACACCAGCAGGUCUGAUUAAUAAGUAUGAGGUCAACGGUCUUCAGUGCUGGCUCAUCACUCAUGUUUUAUGGGUGCUUAAUGCUAAGCACUUCCACUGGUUUUCGCCAACCAUCAUCAUUGACAACUGGAUCCCUCUGUUAUGGUGCACCAACAUCCUCGGCUAUGCUGUGUCCACAUUUGCUUUCAUUAAAGCGUAUCUGUUCCCCACCAACCCAGAGGACUGUAAAUUCACAGGCAACAUCUUCUACAACUACAUGAUGGGAAUUGAGUUCAAUCCUCGUAUAGGAAAAUGGUUUGACUUCAAGCUUUUCUUUAAUGGCCGGCCGGGUAUCGUUGCGUGGACCCUCAUAAACUUAUCCUACGCAGCCAAGCAGCAGGAGCUGUAUGGUUACGUGACAAACUCCAUGAUCCUGGUCAACGUUUUGCAGGCCGUCUAUGUAGUGGACUUUUUCUGGAAUGAAGCCUGGUACCUGAAGACUAUUGACAUCUGUCAUGAUCAUUUUGGCUGGUAUCUGGGCUGGGGAGACUGUGUGUGGCUGCCUUUCCUCUACACACUUCAGGGUCUUUACCUGGUCUAUAACCCCAUCCAGCUCUCUACGCCCCAUGCAGCAGGCGUCCUCAUCCUGGGUCUGGUGGGCUACUACAUCUUCCGUGUGACCAACCACCAAAAAGACCUUUUCCGUCGCACAGAGGGCAACUGCAGCAUCUGGGGUAAGAAGCCCACCUUCAUCGAGUGCUCCUACCGAUCGGCUGACGGCGCCAUUCACAAGAGCAAACUCAUGACCUCUGGGUUUUGGGGGGUGGCGCGUCACAUGAACUACACAGGCGACUUGAUGGGCUCGCUGGCGUAUUGUUUGGCCUGUGGAGGCAAUCACCUACUGCCGUAUUUCUACAUCGUCUACAUGACCAUCCUGCUGGUGCACCGCUGCAUUCGGGACGAGCACCGCUGUAGCAACAAAUACGGCAAGGACUGGGAGCGCUACACUGCGGCCGUUUCCUACCGCUUACUGCCUAACAUCUUCUAGAUUUCCACCAAAUCCCAGAAUGCAUUUCUGCACAGGACACCAACAGAAAAUGACUUUUUUUAAACAAACAAAAAAUUGGAAUAAAAAAAUGCCAAAAUAAACACAUCCAUAACUCAAGAAAACCUUGGCCUGUUUUCAACUAUAGUUUCUAGACAUGCCCCUUACAGCUGAUUGGCUGCACCCUUGGCCUUUUAUUAAUAUUUUACCUAUAGUUUCUAGACACGCCCCUUACUCCUGAUUGGCUGCGCUCUUGGCCUUUUAUUGAUAUUUCACCUAUAGUUUCUAGACACGCCCCUUACUCCUGAUUGGCUGCGCUCUUGGCCUUUUAUUGAUAUUUCACCUAUAGUUUCUAGACACGCCCCUUACUCCUGAUUGGCUGCGAUCUUGGCCUUUUAUUGAUAUUUCACAUAUAGUUUCCAGACACGCCCCUUGCUCCUUAUUGGCUGCGCUCUUGGCCUUUUUUAUUGAUAUUUCACCUAUAGUUUCUAGACACGCCCCUUAAUCCUGAUUGGCUGCGCUCUUGGCCUUUUAUUGAUAUUUCACCUAUAGUUUCUAGACACGCCCCUUACUCCUGAUUGGCUGCGCUCUUGGCCUUGUAUUGAUAUUUCACCUAUAGUUUCUAGACACGCCCCUUACCCCUGAUUGGCUGCGCUCUUGGCCUUUUAUUGAUAUUUCACCUAUAGUUUCUAGACACGCCCCUUACCCCUGAUUGGCUGCGCUCUUGGCCUUUUAUUGAUAUUUCACCUAUAGUUUCUAGACACGCCCCUUACUCCUGAUUGGCUGCGCUCUUGGCCUUUUAUUGAUAUUUCACCUAUAGUUUCUGGACACGCCCGUUACUCAUGAUUGGCUGCGCUGUUGGCCUUAUUUUGAUAUUUCAACUAUAGUUUCUAGACACGCCUCUUACUGCUGAUUGGUUGCAAGUGUGUUUUGAGUCUUGUUUCAACACUAUGGUAAGGCGUUUCUGAAUAUGUGACCCUGGACUCUAAUAACAGUCAUAAGAGCCAGUUUUUGUCAGUAAGUAAAUAAGUUUUGAUAUAUUUAUGGAAGAAAAAGUUUUCAAUUUCUUCAAGGAAGAUGAUCUUUAGUAAAAUAAAAAUCAAACACACACACACACACACACACGGAAAUGUCCAGGGUCAGAUGUUGCACCUUUAAUCACUAUAUGGCAGUGUGAAAUUUUGAGAAUGUAAGAUUUUACUGAGAUUAUUUUGCUUGGUAUUGAGUGAGUGAAUGUGCAUUUACUAUAUAUCAGUUUAUCAGCACAAGGUUAUCAAGGUGAAUGGAUGAACUGCAUUACAGAAUGACAUUUCAAAAAAUGUCCUAAGAUACUGUGAUAAGCUUAAGAAAUCUUAAUGUUCCUGCCUCUAAAUAAACUCUAUUUUUUCUUUUUUAUUUUAUUUUGAUGUGCAGGAAACCUGAAUGUAUAGGUAAUAGAGCUCAUUGUUGUUCUGGAUGUAAAUAGACAAAAGUCUAGAAGUCCUGAAUAUUCAUUCUACAGUUAUCAUAUCUAUUCAUAUUUUUUUAUUAUAUGACAAACUACUGAAAUAAAAGUUUCCUACUUUGUUUUA